ACGAUUCGUAAGCGAAAUCGAAGAUUUAAUAAUCCAGAUUUCACAAUUCAUAAAAAACGCUUACAUAAAACGGUUAGUUUAAAAGUGUAGCAGUGAGUACCCUUAGAUUUUCUUGGGCAAAGUUUCAACCUCGGUGGUGCAGCCACACGUUCUAAAUCUAUAACAACUUAGAAGUGCAAAGGUUAGGCACUAGAUAGAGUAGAGAUCCAACGUACCCGCAGCACACUACAAUGGCCUUCGCCACCAGCGCGUUGCUUUCUUCAAACUUCCUUGGAAGGAAGGUUCUAGUAUCUCCUCCAACCCCCAAAACAACCAAAUUUUCCACUCCGUUACCAUUCUUUUUCAAGAGAACCAUUUUAAACGCUCAGAAACCUAAUAAUGAUUCAGAACAACUCAAUUCCACAUCUUCACAAGCGGCUAUUGCUGCUCUUAUAUUUUCCUCCGUGAGUAUGAGUGCGAACCCUCAAGCCCUAGCUGCUGAUAACAUUACCCCUCCACCUGUAAUCGAAGCUCAACCGAACCAACUAAACCCUUCUAAUUCUAAUUCAUCCCCUUUCUCUCAGAACCUUCUCCUCACGGCACCAAAGCCCCAAUCUCAGGUCGCUUCUGACCUACCCGAAGGUACACAAUGGCGUUACAGCGAGUUUUUGAAUGCCGUGAAGAAGGGCAAGGUAGAGAGAGUCAGGUUCAGCAAAGACGGUUCUGCCCUUCAACUCACCGCCGUCGAUGGCCGCCGAGCCACCGUCAUCGUUCCCAACGACCCUGACCUUAUUGACAUUCUAGCCAUGAACGGCGUCGACAUAUCCGUCGCCGAAGCGGAAGCGAAUAAUGGUUUGUUUAAUAUCAUCGGCAACUUAUUGUUCCCGUUCCUUGCAUUCACGGGCCUGUUUUUACUCUUCCGGCGAGCCCAAGGCGGGCCGGGCGGGCCAGGUGGGCUUGGUGGACCCAUGGAUUUCGGGCGGAGUAAGUCCAAAUUCCAAGAAGUACCGGAGACCGGGGUGACAUUCGCUGACGUGGCGGGUGCGGACCAAGCGAAGCUGGAACUGCAAGAGGUGGUUGAUUUCCUGAAGAACCCUGAUAAGUACACUGCGCUUGGCGCGAAGAUUCCAAAAGGGUGUCUUCUGGUGGGGCCACCGGGAACCGGGAAGACCCUUUUGGCGAGGGCAGUGGCGGGGGAAGCUGGCGUGCCGUUCUUUUCGUGUGCAGCUUCGGAAUUCGUGGAGUUGUUUGUGGGGGUUGGUGCGUCGAGGGUGAGGGAUUUGUUUGAGAAGGCGAAGUCGAAGGCUCCUUGCAUUGUUUUCAUUGAUGAAAUUGAUGCGGUUGGGAGGCAGAGAGGUGCUGGACUCGGUGGUGGGAAUGAUGAGAGGGAACAGACUAUUAACCAGCUUUUGACGGAGAUGGAUGGCUUUUCCGGUAAUUCCGGUGUCAUUGUUUUGGCUGCCACUAACAGACCCGACGUUCUUGAUUCUGCAUUGCUAAGGCCUGGUCGAUUCGAUAGGCAAGUUACCGUGGAUAGACCCGAUGUUGCGGGCAGAGUUAAAAUCCUUCAGGUGCAUUCUAGAGGAAAAGCACUUGCAAAGGAUGUUGACUUUGAAAAAAUUGCUAGGAGAACUCCUGGAUUUACAGGGGCUGAUCUGCAGAAUCUGAUGAAUGAAGCAGCUAUUCUUGCGGCCAGGCGUGACCUAAAGGAAAUUAGCAAAGAUGAGAUAUCUGAUGCUCUUGAAAGGAUCAUUGCUGGACCCGAAAAGAAAAAUGCUGUGGUGUCAGAUGAGAAGAAGAAAUUGGUAGCCUAUCAUGAGGCUGGCCAUGCUCUAGUAGGUGCAUUAAUGCCUGAAUAUGACCCUGUAGCCAAGAUAUCAAUUAUACCUCGUGGCCAAGCUGGUGGUCUCACAUUUUUUGCUCCCAGCGAAGAGAGGCUUGAGUCUGGAUUGUACAGUAGAAGCUACUUGGAAAAUCAGAUGGCAGUUGCUCUGGGCGGAAGGGUCGCUGAAGAGGUUAUUUUUGGCCGGGAAAAUGUCACUACUGGAGCGUCAAAUGACUUUAUGCAAGUUUCACGAGUGGCGAGGCAGAUGGUUGAGAGAUUUGGGUUCAGCAGAAAAAUUGGACAAGUUGCCAUUGGAGGACCUGGUGGAAAUCCAUUUUUGGGUCAACAGAUGUCAACGCAAAAGGAUUACUCUAUGGCAACUGCCGACGUAGUGGAUGCGGAAGUAAGGGAACUGGUAGAGAGAGCAUAUUCUAGAGCAACGCAAAUUAUCACAACUCACAUCGACAUCCUUCACAAGCUUGCUCAACUUCUCAUAGAAAAAGAAACUGUGGAUGGUGAAGAGUUCAUGAGUCUAUUCAUAGAUGGAAAGGCUGAAUUAUAUGUAGCGUAAUGAUAAACGUAAGUCACGGAAUGUAUUCUCGUUUGUACUAUAAGAUAAGCUCAGACAUGUACACUGUAAGAAUCAAUUAAAUAUUUUAUCAAAUUCAAGGACAAAAAAUUAGUACCACAGCUUACGUACAAAA